AUGGAUCUCGAAGAAGACAAUGCAAAGGAAGAAGAAGAAGACCAAGAAAAAGACGACGAAGAGGAAGCAAACUAUGAAGAAGAAGACUACGAAGAAAAAGUAGACUACGAAAAAAAGAAUACAAGGAAGAAGAAGAAAAUUAUGAAGAAAACAAAGACUACAAAUGCUAUGAACAUUUACAAUAAAGAAGAAGAAUACGAUAAAAAAGACAGCGAAGAAAAAGAAAAAAGACUAAAAGGAAAGAAGACAACUAUGAAGAAGAAGAAGACUACUAUAAAGAAGAAGUCUACAAAAAGCCACGAAGAAAAGGAAGAUUACAUAGAAGAAAAAGAAGGAGACUAA